GACGGAACAAAUGUUUCUCUUGACACUUCCCUAAGACUGCAAGGGGAUGAGAGCGAACGCAAUGUACCGCCAACAAAGGAUACAAAUUUACCUACUUGUCUGCUCUGUGUGUGUUUAAGCGGAUCAGUGUACUGCGAGGAAAUAGACAUCGAAGCUGUACCUCCACUGCCAAAGGAAACAGCGUACCUUUAUGCACGAUUUAACAAAAUAAAAAGGAUAGCAGUCUCAGAUUUUGCUGACAUUACUACCUUGAGAAGAAUUGAUUUUAGUGGAAAUAGGAUAGAAGAAAUAGAAGAUGGAGCCUUUUCAAAGCUUCUGUUAUUGGAAGAACUUUCUCUUGCUGAAAAUCGACUUAUAAAACUUCCUGUUCUACCUCCCAAACUAACAACAUUUAAUGCAAAUCAAAACAGAAUCAAGAGCAGAGGAAUCAAAGCAAAUGCUUUCAAGAAGCUGACAAAUUUGGCCUACCUCUACUUAGGACAUAACGCACUGGAAUCUGUUCCCCUUAACUUACCGGAAAGCCUGCGUAUUCUUCACCUUCAGUACAACAACAUUACUACAAUCACCGAUGACACAUUCUGCAAGUCUAACAACACACGGUACAUCCGCACACGUAUGGAUGAGAUAAGGAUGGAAGGCAAUCCAAUCCUCUUGGCAAAGCAUGUUAGUGCUUUUUCCUGCUUGAGAACAUUGCCUGUAGGAACAUACUACUAG